AUGAGUGAUCCCAUCCCCGUUGUUCAUGGUUACUAUCGGUCCAGCGAUAUCUUUUGGGAAUGGCAUCAAGUUCUACCAAAUCCCGAGGAUAUACAUCCAUUGAAGGCUCUCACAUCCUACGAAGCUCUCGUCCAUCCUGAUCAUCCUCUACGCAAGGAAGGCCAGGAUGGAAUCGAGCUUUAUUACGGCACUCUGGCCAACGGAGAGGGCCGCUUGCUUUUCUCCUCUGCCCAGAUCGAAUACAUCCGUUACUGGCUCCAUGCGAUGGGGCUCACGAAGGAACCUAUUCCGAUUCCUCACUCAAAGUGCCUGCUCACGCUAGAGAACGACCUUGCCAGCGUAUCUCCUUGGAUCUACAAGGAUUCUGACACGUUGAAGCGAGCGACGAAGGACAUCGAGAAGAACAACAAAAGGUUGCGCAACGCGGUCCCGCUCAUUUCAAACCGCUUGACGUUCGAAAAGGUGCGAUCGUACUGGGCAGGGAAGUCUGGGACAUGGUGUGCCAUCGACUUCGAGGGAUGGGAGAUGGAGCAUGCACUCAUCACCGAGGUCGGGUGGAGCUAUGCUCGUUGGCACAAUGGCAAGAGGGAUGAGAGUCAUUCUCACCUCAUCGUCGAGGAAGCUCUCGGGUAUACCAAUGGAAAAUACGUUCCCGAGAACCGGAAGAACUAUACUUUCGGUGAAAGCGAGUACGUCACAAGGUCGCGCAUGAAAGAGCGCGUGAAAUCCCUCCUCAAGGAUUUAUCAUCCAACGGGCCGCUUUAUCUUGUCUUCCACGACGCCAAUCAAGAUAUCAAGUAUCUGCAGAAGAUCUUCGGGGAUGCCUACCCGGACCUUGUCUAUACCCUUCCAGAGUUGCCUCCGGACGAUGGUAUUUACGUGGUCGAUACUGCCGUCCUGUUCAGUGCUCUUGAGGGUGACGCUGGCAAUAAGCGCUCGCUAGAGCGCAUGUGCAGGCUUCUCGGGAUCGAGACUCAUUAUCUCCACAACGCAGGUAAUGAUGCGCAUUACACCUUCAUGGCCCUGAUGCAGAUGGCCUCGGGCGACCCACUUGAUGCGCAACGCGAGAAGCGUUGGCCGAAGCAUACCGAAGCGCCAAGUGCACAGGGCGGACCGGGAGGUUUGCGCGUCCAGUUCAAACCUCACGAAGAGAGUGGUGAUGCGUCCGAUAUGGAGGGCGUUGCUCCCCCAUGCUAUGAUCCUGAGACAGGUUACCUUCGUGGCUACGGUCCUCCGCCUGACGACGUGACAACCCUGCCGGAACUUAAGGUCACAGAAGACGAUGAACCGGCCCCGGUAGAAACUCUUGCUUAA